CGGAGCCGAAUGAGCGGACGGCGGCGGGCGGGAGCACCGCCCAGAGAAGCACACCAGGCCGGGAGGCCAGAAAGCCCAGCGGAGGAGCCACGCCGGAGCCGCGCCGGAACCCUGCGCUCGCUGAGCGAUCCCCAAGCCAGAAUUAGACUGUUUCACAAUGACAACAGUGACACUGACCACAGAAGUUUCUCCAAGGAAUAAGAAAGAAGAUAAUUCUGCCUUGUAUGAGUCCACAUCAGCUCACAUUAUUGAAGAAACCGAAUAUGUGAAAAAGAUUCGAACUACUCUGGAAAAAAUCCAGAAGCAAAUAUUUAAAGAUGAAGUAGGAUAUCGCAAUACAAAUGACAAACUAGAUGCAAAGUGCUUUCAAAACAUUCAAAAUGGCUCCAAAUCUGAAAUGGAUCCCUCUUGUUGCAGUUUGGACCAGCUCAUGGAGAAGAUGAAAGGAAAAGAUGUACAGCUCUUAGAAAUGAACAAAGAAAAUGAAGUAUUGAAAAUCAAGCUGGAAGCCUCCAGAGAAGCAGGAGCAGCGGCUCUGAGAAAUGUGGCACACAGAUUAUUUGAAAACUAUCAAAAACAGUCUGAAGAAGUUAGGAAAAGUCACGAGGACAGUAAACACUUACUCCAGGUUAACAAGCUUGAAAAAGAACAGAAAUUGAAACAACAUAUUGAAAAUUUGAAUCAAGUUGCUGAAAAGCUUGAAGAAAAACACAAUCAAAUCACAGAACUGGAGAACCUUGUCCAGAGAAUGGAAAAGGAAAAGAGAACACUGCUAGAAAGAAAAGUGUCUUUGGAAAACACGCUGCUGCAACUCAAAUCCAACGCUACAUAUACUAAGAGUUGCCAAGAUCUUCAAAUGGAGAUUUCCACUCUCCAGGAACAGAUCUCUCACCUGCAGUUUGUGAUUCACUCUCAGCAUCAGAACCUGCGCUGUGUCAUCCAGGAGAUGGAAGGAUUAAAAAAAAAUAUAAAAGAGCAAGAUAAAAGAAUUGAAAAUCUGAAAGAAAAAGUUAACGUCCUUGAAGCCCAGAAUAAAGAACUAAAAAUGAUGGUGGCGCUGUGGUCUGAAACUCCAAGAACAAAGGUAUCUAAGGCGGUCUCUAAGAGUGAAUUGAAGACUGAAGUCAACUCCCCCUAUCUGAUGUUGAUUAGGCUACGGAAAUGAACAGCCUAAUUGAAGAUCUAUUGACAAAGAUCAUUAUGGGUCUUAUUUAUUUCUUGCAAUAUGUCUGAACUUGCACAUUAAAAUGGCACAAUGCCAGUAUUUAAAUGGAA